ACAACGACGGAGAGUGGACAGUGCGUUUGGCGGGAGCGAGCGAGCGGGCGGCAGCAGCAGCAGCAGCAGCAUGGAGGCAUCAGCUCGGGCGCCGCCGAGGCCUGAAGAGAUCUCCUCGCGACUCAACCAGCUGACCCUGGAGCUCAUGGCGGCAACCAAUCGACUCAUCGACAGGGAAAUUUUUCAGGAAAACACAACUAAUGGAAUUGCUGAUGUGCCUCAGGAAAGAGAAGUGACAUGCCCCAUAUGCUUUGAGCAGUUUGGGGAGGAACAUGCACCCCGGACCCUGCGCUGCGGCCACACUGUUUGUACCCCAUGUCUGGAAACCAUCCUCUCCAGGACCGCUGGGGACCGCAACUGUCCAGAAUGCCGCCGGCCCCUCAAGGUGACAGCAGUGGCUCACAUCCCUGUCUCCUACACCAUCAUGAGGCUGGCCCGGGCCUUGGAGGAAACCUGUGCUGCUGCAGCUGCAGCUGAGGCAGAGGUAGAGGAAGUGAGUGAGGCUGGUGUGCUUGGGGAGACCUGUGUCCGCCACCACUAUCCAGUGCUGUGGUGGUGCUCCAAGUGCAAGGCCUUCCAGUGCCGCUCCUGCACUCAUUAUGAGAAGUGCCCUGAGAGACUUCCUGCUGGUGAGGCAAUAGUGCAUCUCAAGCAAGCACAGGUGGAGUCAUCAGAGCGCACUGUGCUGGCAUUGAGCAAGCUCAAGAGUGACCUGGAGACUCAGCGAGACAAGCUGAACGUGUCCAUCGACCGCAUGAUGGAGGAAGUCCGGCAGCUGGAGACCAAAGUGAAGAAGGUACAGAGCCAGGUGCUGGAUGUGGAGGAAGCAGAGGCUCACGUGGUGGAGGCGUCUUCAGCCUGCCGCAUGACCCGGGCACUGGCCAGGUCAGAGGAGGUGCAGGCAGCAGCUAAGGUGUGGCUGGAGCACCAGAACAGCCGGCCCUCAUCACCCGUUGAUGAGGAACCCAUCACCCUCAACGUUCUAAAACAAAAGUUGCUUGUCACCAAGGACAUCUAUGCUCUGAAGCACAACACAGAGGGUGAGGAGAUGUUUGCACCAGUCACCGUCUGUUCUGACAAGCUUCUUGUCCACAACUAUUCCACUGAUGAGCCACCAUCCAAUGCACUCCUGAUAUCGGGAGACAGCUUGGGCAUCUCAUCAGAGAAGAAGAGUGUGUUCUUUGACAUUCACGUGGAUGGCCACUUUGAGGGUCGCAUGAUCAUCAUCUUGUUCAGACCAAAUGGGGCAAAGACAACUGCCUUUUUGGACACUUGUACCAACAGUCACGGCUACACCUACAAGGGCCUCAAGCUGCACUCCUCAUCUGUCACAGUGGAAGAAACUGCUGCCAGGGUUAUGGAGGUGAGCCACGAGGUGAAGGACACAGCUGAUCGCUACAUGGCAUCAGCAGAAGAUGACAACUACACCCGCCGCAACAUCUACCCAGGGCUGGUGAGUGGCAUGUGUUCCAACUAUAGACCUCGCAAUGGUGACCCAGAGUACCCGACCAUGUCCAGCUUUUUGGUGUACCUGUAUCACAUGAAUGGUGCCAGGGACCCCUGUGGGUUUGGCAAGGUGCUGUCUGGCCUUGGAGUGCUGCGCUAUGCCUGGGACAAGCGAGAGGCUGUGAUUGGUGACUGUGGGAUGGUGCUGCCCUUGAACAACGUGUAGUACUAGUGUAGUGUGUGUGUGUGUGUGAAAGAGAGAGAUGGUUUUUGGUUUGAAGAAAGUUUUUUUUUUUUUUUUUUUUUUUUUUUUUAUUUGGCAUUUAGUAUCUUGAAACCAUUGAUUUUAUUUAUCCUUCCUGUGAACAAGUACUCAUCAAAUCUGAAUUGUUUAUGGUAUAACUUUUUCCCCACAGUAAUGGAUGAUUAUAUAGGCAAAUAAGAAUAAAUGUUAGGACAAAGAUUAAAAACGUGUGCAUUGUGCCUUGUGAUUGUAUAUGCAUGUGCACACACACACACACACACACACUUAUAAAGUAAUCUGAUGUGGUAAAUAACUUAGAUUUUUAUUAUGAUGUCUACAAGUGUCUAUAUUUUUGUAAGAUCAACAAGUAAUUGGCCAAGAAAUUGGUGGUGGUCUUAUUUGUGUUAUAAUGAAGGUGUGUUUGUGGUGGCAGGCCCAGCUCUACCUCAGAGUGGUAUUAUCUCUCAUCAUUUUAUCUGAUAUCUCAUAUUGCCAAUCCAAAAUCAUCAUAAUAGAUAAAUACAGGUUUAGUACAUUUUUCUAUUGAUUCUACGCAAUUAGUUCUAAUACUCAAACUGAAUGCAUUUCUAGAACAACCCAAAAUUUUGUAGUAUAUGAACUCUUGUAAUUCCAAGUAAUUUUUAACUUGACACAGUUGUACAUGAAGAUUUCUGCUUAUUAAUGUGUCAGGCUGAGAGCAUAGGAGAGGAUCCUUGUCCCUUCACUCCAUUCCUUUUGUUAACUUUUCUGUCCUGCAAGGAAUGCAGUAGCAGCAGCAGCAGCAGCAGCAGCAGCAGCAGCAGCAGUUUUUUUCCUGACUCAGCCAGAGAUUGUGCUGGCAGACUUUUUCCCACCACCACAAGGCCAUCCACCACUUACCAUUCAAAUAUGUCAACAUUUCUGUUAUGGUGAUAGCAGUCCAAUUCAGUUUGUCUCAGUUUUGCAAUUGCUCAAAAGUUUUGAGCAAUGAAGAGUUGCAAGUAAUAGACUGCAUGCUUGGCCCACAGCCAAAGGAACCAGGCUUUAAAUCCUGGGCAGGUGAAGACCAUUUGGGUUUGUCCCUCUUCUUAAUGUAGCCUUUGUUCAUUAAGAAGCAAGGAACAGGUAUGGGGCAUCAGCCUGAGAGUUGUUUCCUUGCAGCUCAGCUAGAAUGAUAGGCUGGCAGUUCUGCCCGUGUGUGUGUGUGUGUGUGUGUGUGUGUGUUGCCAUGAGUGGUCUCUGCCAUACCGUGAGGGGUGAGCAGGGAUACAUACAGAAAAGAUCUUCAUGAGUCUGCGUGAAAUCAGUUUGUCGGGUAUUGAAUUAGUAAAGCAAUAUUUUUCAGUCUGUAUCCUUUAACAGUAUUAUACAGUAAAUGCUAGUCAUUUACAAGCUACACUGAGAUGAGAAAGAAGCAGAAAGAGACAGUUUCAGAAUCUUUUCAGUCACUUAUUUUUUUUGCAGCCUCUAUAUUGUCUUCUUGUAUUUCUCAUUCACUCUGGUACAUUUCUUUUCACUAUUUUCAUAUAUGAAUUUCUCUUUUUCCCUCAUCCACCAUGCAUCUCCUCCCUCUGUUGCACCCACAAUCAGUAGCACUAUUUCCAACAGAUUUUGACAUAGCUAAUUCUUUCUUUUCUUUUGUGUGUGUGUGUGUGUGUGUGUGUGUGUGUGUGUAUUUUGUAAGCAUACAGUGGUGGUGUGAGAGCUUUAGGAAGUGUAGUGACAGCUCAGUAUCUGUAAGCAUUGUAUAAUUACAGAAGUACAUGAGUGUGAUGCUAUUUUUUUAAUCUGCAUAUUCAGAAAGUGCAAGACUGGUGGCACUGAUUCAAGUUUAAGUGCUGUGCUACAUCAUAGCUCUGGGAUGUCAGAGACUUCACAGAGCACAGCCAAACAUCAUGUGUGACUUAGAUUUGUUGAAGAAUUUUGCAUCAUUCAUUGGAAGGCAUUUAUAAGGAAAAGGUGUAGUUGGCAUCCUGAUGAUAAGGCAUCUAUUUGUGAACUUAAAGCUUCUCUGAUGCCUUGUUGUGUCUGUUCCUUUAAUUAUAAGUAGUUGUGUGAAUGCUCUUGUAGCAAUCAUUUGACCAUCAUUCCAUAAGUGGAGUGAAGUUUUAUAUUCACUUUUAAUGAUAGUUGUUCAUUGUUUACCAACCUGAAUGUACAGAACACGUCAACAAUUCUUCAUGUGUGUGGAAUGUUGUAGUGUUUGUAAGGGUUUGGAGGAGCAUGAAAUGAGGUGUCCCUUGCUAUGGACUGCCUGGACCUUGGCACCAAAAAGGUGGUCUUGAGUGAUGAGACUGGGUUGGUCUGGGAACAGCUUGCAACACAGGAUGUCUCAGAUGGAGAGACUGUUGAGGUGAGCAGUGAAGGAUGACUCAAAGCCUCGGCCUGCUUGUGGUGCUGCCAGGGAAGCCUCCAGGGAACAGAGCACCACCAAGUAGGAAGUCUCAUUGUUGCUGGGUUCAUCUUACCAACGUCCUACCAAGAAUUUUAGCUUGACAUCAAACAGUCCUUGUUUUCAAACAUUCUUCUUUAUCAGUAAAAAAAAAUGUCUCAAAUGUUUGGAAGCCUUUAUUAUUGUCUAAACAUUUCCUUUUAAAAGCUAUCAAAUCAAAGCCCUUAUUACUUCAGAAAUUCCUUUGUUAAUUUUUUUGUAUAUUGUCCUCUUCAUUAAUUCAGUCCAUGUAUUACCUUGCUUGGAAAGCUUUGGGCAGCAAAGGAGAAAAAGGAAAGUUAAGGUAUUGCAUCACCAUGGCCUUGCUGGAAGCCUAACAUCCUCCAUGGAGGUGCAUGCACACAACAUUUACCUUUAAACACAAACUUGAAGGAUGCAGUGUCUGUGGCAACAGCUGGGAAACUUUUACCUAUAGGUUAUUUAUGUAUAUCUUUAUUUGUGUACAAUUUGCCUUUCUUUGGUUGAAACAAGUCAUUAAAGUUUUGGAAAGUAGAUUAAGAUCAAAUCUCAUGUUCUGUAGAAAAUAGAAAGUAUUCUUGGUAGAGAUUUGCAGCCCCAGCUGUCUUCUCUCCUAUACCAUUGCCUUGUACAACUUGCAAAUAAUGUUCAUGAACUGAAACAAUCUACUUCUGAGUGUCUGGAUUUUUGUAAACUGAUAAUGAAAUGUUAAACCAUGCUACAAAGCCAGGCUUGGACAUUAAGAAACUCAGUGAACUGCAUCCAGACAUUGCAGUGAAAUGAAGCGUGUACAGUGCAAACAAGACAGCCAGGUCUGUCCAUCUUUGUAAGCAGUGAUCAUUAUGUAACAUGCGAUCAAAAGUGUCUGUCCUCACACCCACAGUCAGAUCCUUGAAGUGGGACAUGUGUUGUUGAUAUGUAAUAAGAAAUGUUAAGUACAGACAUGUAUUGUUGAUAAGUAGUGAGAAAUUUAAAGUACAAAUAACAUGUGAAGGGUACUGUGAACUUGCCUUCCACACACAAUGUUGCCUCUGAACACCAGGAGUCAGAGGUGCUGCUCUUUGGAACAACUUAAAGAGAAACAGCAGCAUCUCUGCUCAUGGUACUUGGGCAGAGAUAAGUAAUUUUAGAUCCUCUCAAGUUUUCCUAUGCCUGGUUCUUAUGGAAAAGGUUAGGACAGCCAGGAAAGACAUGUUACUUAGAUAAGAUGCCAGAGCAAGGGAGAGGACAACUAUCAUGUACAGUUUGAAGGAGUUAAUAAAGAUGAAAGUGCUUUGAACAGUGAU